UUUUAAGUAAAUAAAAUGAGUAUAUCCAAUGAAACCAGGAAAAUCUUAGCUGAAUUGUUCCUUAAUAUUGCAGAACACGAGCUGAAUGUAGAAAAUGGCAGGCUUGACCUUGCUGAGCAAUACAGUUUUGAAUCAAUUGUUGGAUUCAAUAGAAUAGACUUGGAAAAUUCUGGAGAAAUCGAAGCUGAAGAUAUUAAACUCUUCUGUGAUGAUAAUGCUAUUAAAUGAACACUUUCUGAAGCAGCCAGGCUGAUCGACCAAUAUGAUGAGAACGGAAAUGGCAGACUAAGUUAUAUUGAAUUCUGUCAGCUAAUAUUACCUUCGACUAAUGACCAUCUAAGAGCUAUUGCUAAGAGCAGAGAAGCAGAAUACAGAUUUAUUAAAUCUGCCUAUCUUUCAGUUCCUGUUGAGAAUGCUCUAGCUAAUCUUUUUAGAGCAGAAAUUGAGUAUCAAAGAGCUAUUGAGGAUAUUAAGAUCGAGUUAAACCAAAGGUCAGAUUUCUCCACAAAAAGGUGCUUCGAUGCAAUUGAUAAAGCUCAUCCUUACAACUCUCUUGAUAGGAAUGAAAUCAGAGAUUUUGUUGGAGAGUACUACACCAUCCUCUCCGAGGAUGAUCUCGAUGCUAUCAUCAGAAGAUGUGAUACAGAUGAGGAUGAACAAAUUAGUUACCAAGAAUUUAUUGAUGUUGCCGAAAGAACUCAAGUGAAUCCAGUUAUAAGAAAGUUCGCAACUUCAUUUGGAAGAUCUUCAACAAUUCGUAAAUCUCCAACAGAGAGAGUGUCAUGGAGAGAUCUAUACUCUUCUUAUGAUGAUAGAGGAUCAAGAUACACUCAUUCGAGGCAUCGUACUCUUCUCAAUCAACCAAACAAAUACAGGUUUCCUGAGGAAUACUCCAGCUAUUAUGAGCCAGGGCGUCUGUCUUGGAAGCAUUUGAAUAGUUCUUAUAGAACUUAUUUAAGAAACUCCAAGUAUCAUAAUGGAGAUUUGGUUUAUGACCCCUAUGAAGAUGGAGCUUACAGAUACUCCACUCUUGCUCCAACCGAGAGUAGAAGGACUUACAUCAGAAGAUCUUCUCGCAGUAGGAGCAAACUUGACAAUAUCGAGGAUGAGGACAGCCUUGAAAGAGUUGAUGAGCCUAUCAAUCGUAAAACCAGAACUAAUUUUAGGACUCUUUCUCAUAGUAUUAUUAAAAACCCAAGAUCAUCAAAUCGCAAGAGACUGACUACUAGUAAUCCUUGGAGAUACUCCUUCCAUGACGUUGCCAGGACCAAGGUGGUAAGAUCACCUGAGAGAAGGUCCCUGACUCGUGGAGGAUAUACCUCGACCAAGAAAAAUCUCAGGGACGAGUUUGAUGUAGCUGAAGAACUUGGUGAAGAGAGGAAAACAGCGAUCAAGGAUAUCAGAAAUUCAUCUUCCAAAAAGACUAUUAGGACUGCUCAUACGCUCAGAUCGUCAGAAGAGGACCAAUUUGUAGAGUCUCUCAGAGACUUGGUUACCCUAGACAAGGAACUUGAGAGGGCAAAACAAGCACUUGCUCUCAAGACCGAUUUCACACUCCAUGAUGGAUUCAGAGUAUUUGACUGAAGAGAUAGAGGGGAAGCUGACCUUGAUGACAUUCUUGAUGCCUUUAAUCUCUUCAAGAUCAACCCAGAUGUCGAAGAAGCUAGGCUCUUCUUGGCUAGAUAUGAUGUUAACAAGAACAAUAAGCUCUCCUUUGAUGAGUUCUGUGAUGCAUUCAUACCCCUUCACCAGGGCACCGCUGAUAUUCUAAAGGAAAGAUCUGAAGAGUUCCCAAGUGGGUAUUACAGAAGGAGAGAUGAAUUCAGCAAUUCUACCAUUGAUGCCUUCACCAGAGUGCUUGAACUCCAUCUCGAAGUUGAAAUGAAUGCAGAAGUAUUAAGACAAAAGCAUGAAGAGAGCCCUUACUUCAGAUACGACUCUGCAUUCUCCACUCUGAAUAAAUGGGGAGAUGAUUUUGUGACAGGAAAAGAUUUUAAGGAAAUCUUCCAAAAAUACGGAUUUGAUCCCACUAAUGAGGAGAUGGACAUCCUUUUGGAUAGAUUUGAUAAAGACAAGGAUGGGAGAGUCUCAUACAACGAGUUCUUUGAUGAAUUUGCUCCCCAUUCCCCAGUCAAAGUAUAGAGAUACUUAACUUACAUUCAGUAUAA